AUGUUUAGUACAGAAGAAUUCAUUCGACAAUAUUAGAAACUAGCUAAUCCAGACAAAACAAUUAGUAAUUAAGCUAAUUAAUACAUUCUCAAAUUAUAAUAAAGCAAUGAAGCAUUUACUAUUGCAAAAGAAUUAUUAGACUAACCAAAUAUUUAAUAAGAAUAUUAAUUCAUAGCAUGUUAAAUGAUUUACAGAAGAUUGAAAGAAGAAUGCAAUAUUUCUAUUCAACCAUAUCUUCUAGAAUUAUUGACAAGACAUUUACCAUCUGUUGCCAUGAAUUAGGUAUGUUCUUCUUUAGCUGUGAUAAUAGUUGGAAAUAGAUAAUUAUGGGGAGGGUAUUAUUAAUAAUAAUGAUAGAAUAUUGUAAGAAUUGAUAUAAUUAAUGAAAGCUAAAAUGACAAUAGGAAUAGAAAUUUUAACAUAAAUUGCAAUUUAAGGUAAAGAAUGGUAUAAAAAAAGUGAAUAAUUAAGAUUGCAAUAAGAAUUUAUUUCUUAAGAAAAUACUUUAUCUGAAAUAUUUCUUAGUUUACUUAUGGUUUAAGACUUGAGUAUAUUUAAUUAAACAGUUUAAUGUAUUGAAUGUUGGGUAUAAUUCUCAUAUAAUAUAUUCAAAGAUAUAAAAUUAACUCAAUAAAUAUUAAGUUUAAUACAUUAAACAAUAUCAAGUAAUGCUACUGAAUAUAGUGAUAAAUUAUUUGCUUUAUUAAAUGAAGGUGUUAUAUUUUCAUAAUACAAUAGAUAAUAAAAUGUAAAUUAGAUUGAUUCUACAGUAUUAUAAAAUUUAAAUUUGAUACUUGAAUUUAUCAUAAAAAUAUACAAUCCACAAUUAUCAAAAGGAUAUGCUUCAUUUGCAACUAAAUUUUUAUGUGAUUUUUAUGCAAUUAUUUUUAAUUCAAAAUAUGAAUAAGCAGUAUUUAAUUUGAUGGGUAAUAUUGUAAGUAAUCCAUCAAGAAAGAUAGCAUUUUAAACAUUUGAAUUUUGGAGUUAGAUGAGAGAAUAUAAUAAAUUAUAAGGAUUUGGUUUAAAUAUAUUAUAAACAAUGAUUGAUAAAUGUAGAAUGAAAACAAUUAAAUUGACAAAAGAAUUUUUAUUAGGAGAACCUGAAGAAGAAGAUACAGAUUAUAAUAUAAAUUAUUAUGAAGGAGGUUAACAUUUUAUUUCAACAUCUGAUUUUAGAGAAAAUUCAAAGGAUAUAUUUUAUAGUAUUUAUAAGAGUGCUGAAAUGAAUAUGCAAUCAGAUUAAUAUUUUUAAAUUGUUUUAAAUAAUUUGAUUAUCUCUAAUCCAGAUUCAUAAAUACAAAUAAUUCAAAGUGAAUCUGCAUUAUUUUCAUUAUGUUCAAUUAUAGAUGAAGCUGAUAUUUAAGGUAAUAAUCAAUUAAUUUUACAAAUAAUUCAUUUUAUUUUAUCAUUACCUGUUCAUUAAAACUUUGAUAUUAUUGUUAAAACAUCUUUAUAAAUGUUUAGUGAAUUUACAAAUCAAUUAUAAUUACAUAAUGAAGUAUUGCUAUAAAUAACUUAAUAUUUUUUCAAAUAUAUGCUUCAUCCAUUGUUAGGACCAUUGGCAGGAGUGUAUUAAUAUAAACAAUAAUUAUUUUAGAGCAUUUGAAUAGAUUUGUAAUUUAAGUUGUUUGAAUAAUGUUGAAUUGAUAUCUGAAAGUGUCAAAUUCUUAGAAUUGCAUUUUAGUGAAUUUAUCAAUUAAUCUCAAGUAAGUAAUUAUAUUGAGGGAAUAAUAAAAUUAUGUUAUAGAUUAUUUGAAUAAGGAAAAACUGAAUGUUUAAUAUAAGUAAAUAUUUAUUAAAUAUUAGUUAUUUAAUUUUGCAAAUCAUUAAUUUUAAUAAGUAAAGAAUCCUUAAGUGACUGAAAAAGAAUUUCAUUACAAUAAUUCUUUAGUUGUCACAAUACUUUAAUGGAUGAAUUUGAAUGCUAAUUAAAAUGAUUAGAUUAAGUAAUUAUUAGAAUUAUUGUGUUAAUCUAUAUUUGAACCCUUGUUAAUUGUUUUAUAAGGUUAAUAUAGUUUUUCUUUAUAUGAUGAUAUUUACAAAUUAAUUCGAAUUAUACUGAAAGUCUCAAACUAUUAAAAUUAAUAAUAAGUAAUACAUCUAUUAUAAAUAUCUUAUUAAAUAUUUCAUUCUGAUCCAAUUCAAAAGAAUAAUUGGUUAUAAUUAAUAACUUAAGCAAUUGGUAGAUCUAUUAAUCAUUAAUUUAUUGUUUAAUGGGCAAAUGCUAAUGAUUAUUAAAUACAUUUAUUUUGUAUUGAAUCAUUCAAUCGUUGGAAGGAUCCAGAUCUAAUGAAAGUAUAUGUAGAAUAUGUAAAAGAAUGCAUAAGAUGUUGUCAAUAAAUAUUAUUUGAUUCACCUUAUUUAUAAAAGAUUAUUGAUGUAAUUUGUGAUGCCUUUCUUAAUUUAAGUUCAUAUGAAAUGCAAAGGGAGAUUUUUCAUUUUUUUAAGUAUAAUAUAUUGUAAAAAUAAAUUAGAUCUUUAUUUUAGUCUUUGGAUAAUAGUAAAGAAUAUUUCAAUCCUUUAGUAAUAAAGAUUGUUACUACUCUUUUUAUGUCCAUAAGUGAUAUCAAUCCUGCUAUAGUAUUUUAAAUAAUUUAGAUUUUACUAUCAAUAUUGUAAAAAUAAGUGAAUCCAAAUGAUUUAGAAGAAUUAAUUUUUUAAACAUUAUAAAAAAGUUGGGGAAAAGAUAAACAACCUUAAAAAGUUAAAUUAGUCAGCUAAGCCAUAAUUUCAUAUUUAUUAAAAUCUAAAUAAGGAGAAAUAAAUAGAAAUCUGAAAUUACUACUAGAGAAUUUACGACCUAUGAGUGAAGAAGAAAUCAAUUAUAUGCAAUUGGAAAUAGUAAUAAAGCAAAAAUGA